GAAUUCGCUGAACAACUCGAGAAGCUUGUCAAGGAAAUGCAGUUUGACAACCGGCGGUUACAAAGGGCAACUGUAAGCGUAGAGGAUCGGCCAAAUAGAAUUUGCUACGAUACACCGUGCGGAUGGAAUACCUACGACUCUGAGACACGACAGACCACAGUUUUCAUGCCGAAUACCUGUAGCUGUCCUGAUGAAACGUACAAGUGUGUGCGUACAGGCGAAAAGGUGUCUAUGAAUGCGUACGUAUAUCACUGCCGACAAAAUACAACAGCGGAUGACAUCGAGGGGGAAAUGUUUGAAGAUAUGGAAUAUCUCAUUUAA